CGUCGCCCGCCGGGCAUGGGGAGCCCCUUCCUGGGCGGCUGCGGCAGCGGAGGAGGAUGCUCUGGGCGAGCCGAGCCCUCGAAAGGAGUGAAUGAAAUGAGACUCUUGUGAAGUCGUUUCUGAAGGGAGGAGUCGUUCUCUUGGAGAGGAGUCCUCCAUGAGCCUGGCCAAGGCCCGGGAUCUGUGUGAAGUGGACUAAGGAUUUAGUAGGAUGUCAACUGAGACAGAACUUCAAGUAGCUGUGAAAACCAGCACCAAGAAAGACUCCAAAAAGAAAGGUCAGGAUCGCAGUGAAGCCACUUUGAUAAAGAGGUUUAAAGGUGAAGGCGUCCGGUACAAGGCCAAGCUGAUUGGGAUUGAUGAGGUUUCUGCAGCUCGGGGAGACAAGUUAUGUCAAGAUUCCAUGAUGAAACUCAAGGGCAUUGUUGCUGGCGCUCGUUCCAAAGGAGAACACAAACAGAAAAUCUUUUUAACCAUCUCCUUUGGAGGAAUCAAAAUCUUUGAUGAGAAGACAGGGGCCCUUCAGCAUCACCAUGCUGUUCACGAAAUUUCCUACAUUGCAAAGGACAUCACAGACCACCGGGCCUUUGGAUACGUUUGUGGGAAAGAAGGGAAUCACAGAUUUGUGGCUAUAAAAACAGCCCAGGCGGCUGAACCCGUUAUUCUGGACUUGCGAGAUCUCUUUCAACUCAUUUAUGAACUGAAGCAAAGAGAAGAAUUGGAAAAAAAGGCACAAAAGGAUAAGCAGUGCGAGCAAGCUGUUUACCAGGUUCCCACCAGCCAAAAGAAGGAAGGUGUUUAUGAUGUGCCAAAAAGUCAACCUGUAAGUAAUGGCUGUCCAUUUGAAGAUUUUGAAGAUCGGUUUGCAGCAGCCUCCCCGAACAGAAACCUACUGGUGGACUUUGGUGAGAUUCUUGAGGCAACAAAGGCUGUGACCCAAUUAGAACUUUUUGGGGACAUGUCAACCCCUCCUGAUAUAACCUCUCCCCCUACUCCUGCAACUCCAGGUGAUGCCUUUAUCCCGUCUUCAUCUCAGACACUCCCGGCGAGUGCAGACAUGUUUGGUUCUGUACCUUUCAGCACUGCUGCUGUACCCUCAGGUUAUGUGGCAAUGGGCGCCGUCCUCCCAUCCUUUUGGGGCCAGCAGCCCCUUGUCCAACAGCAGAUCGCCAUGGGUGCUCAACCACCAGUCGCUCAGGUGAUGCCGGGGGCUCAGCCCAUCGCAUGGGGCCAGCCAGGGCUCUUCCCUGCCGCUCAGCAGCCCUGGCCAGCUGUUGCCGGGCAGUUUCCGCCAGCUGCCUUCAUGCCCACACAAACUGUUAUGCCUUUGCCAGCUGCCAUGUUCCAAGGUCCCCUCACCCCUCUUGCAACCGUUGCCACCACGAGUGACUCCACCAGGUCAAGUCCGCAGACCGACAAGCCCAGACAGAAAAUGGGGAAAGAAAUGUUUAAGGAUUUCCAGAUGGCCCAGCCUCCACCAGUGCCCUCCCGCAAACCCGACCAACCUUCCCUCACCUGUACCUCAGAGGCCUUCUCCAGUUACUUCAACAAAGUCGGUGUGGCACAGGAGGCAGACGAUUGUGAUGACUUUGACAUCUCCCAGUUGAAUUUGACCCCUGUGACUUCUACCACGCCAUCAACCAACUCACCUCCCACCCCAGCCCCCAAACAGAGCUCUCCGUCCAAAUCAUCUGCGUCCCAUGCCAGCGACCCCACCACAGAUGACAUCUUCGAAGAGGGAUUCGAAAGUCCCAGCAAAAGCGAAGAGCAAGAAGCUCCUGAUGGAUCACAGGCCUCAUCCAACAGUGAUCCAUUUGGGGAGCCCAGUGGGGAGCCCAGUGGUGAGCCCAGUGGUGAUAAUAUAAGUCCACAGGCCGGUAGCUAGAUAGCGCAGGUCUGGGUAGGUAUCUGUCCUUUUUAUCUCCUUCCCCCUUAAGCCUUCUGCUUUCUCUUGUGCUUGUUCUUCAUGUCCGAAGCCACAUUCCUGACGUUUGCACCAUUUUUCCUGCCUGAGCUGUAUUCCCAGUGUUUGCACCAUCGCCCCUUGCCUGGUGU